CGCUUCUUUCGUGCUUAGCAACCUCCCGCGUGCAUCCCAUAACUCAAUAGUGUACGCUGUGGUGUUUACCAUUUGUAAAGUGUAGAGAAGAGUGUGGCGUGCGCGUAAACGGUGGAAGCAGCAGGAAGUGAGGAUAUGAAGGCCAAGGAAAUACUGGAGAGAAAAGCAGAAUUGACUUUUGUUCAUUUGCGAUUUAUUUUAUAAUCAAAGGCUGGAAAUAAAGUCAAAGGUGUUGGAGAUUCUCAUUACUUUGUUUUCCCACCUCCGUUAAAUUGAAACAAGUAAAGUAUAUUAUUUUAUUUUCGUUAAGCAAAGUUAGUCCAUCAUUAAACAUCUUUGUUCCCUGAAACCAGCUUCUAAUUAUGCCCUUCGCUUGUUUACUGAAUGUGUCAGUGUUUGUUCCAAAAGAUAACUCUUCACUUAUGUAGCUCCUGUCUAUUUGAAUUAGCUGCCAGUCGGUUCGAGAUUGUAUCAGCUUUGCCAUUUCUGAACCACUUAAAAUAUUUCUUUUGAGUAAAGUACUUAGUAUAUGAAUAGUAUUUAAUGUACAGCUGUUUAAAAGAUUUCCUUUCCAGUAUCUUCGCCAUGUAAAGUCUUUAUUGUUCUCAUUCUAAUUAUUCUUGUUCUCAUUUGAUAGCGGUGUGGUUGAUUGGCGUACAGUAGAGCGUUUUAUACAUAAUGCAGCAGGGUCAAAGUCCCCUGCUGGCUGUCCCAAUUAAAAUUUGAAGAAAGAUCUCCAGCUCAUGCUCAUUCUGAGCCAAUCAGGUAAAACUUGAUUUCCUGUUAGUUUGAUAUCCUUAGCAAAUAGUAACGUUAAUUAGUCUGUAGGGUAUCAAUGCAACCCGUUAGGCGUAAACACCGCGAAAGUGCGAUCUUCUAAUACAACAAAUGCAUAACGCUUACUGAAUGCGUGUGAUACUUUUCAAAACUAUGACAGGCUUGGGGAAGUUAGCCGUGUUCUUCGGAUUUUUUUUGUUGCUAAUUUUAAAAGAAUCGGCGAAGGGUGGAUCCAAACAAUCGAGCCAACAUCAUGGUGGUGCGCAUUCAAACCCAACAAACGGCCAUUCAGGUGUGCGUAAUGACUCAGUUUCGCAUAGGAAAAUCUUUUCAGUCAAGUUUAUUCGGAGCGGGUUAGUGUGGCAGGAGGAAUUUAAAGACAAGAACAGCAAGGAAUUCAGCUAAAUUUCAAAGCAGAUAGAAAGAGAAUUAAAUAACCACAGCUCGUUUAAACAAAACCCCGAGAUCCUCGCCUGGAAUGUCUCGAGACUGGAGCCGGAUGCGGACGAAAAAGAAGUCAUCAUUAACUUACGCGUGCGCACUACCCCGAACAUGUCACAUGACGAACUGACGAAAAUAGUGUCAGCCAGUAACAUGAACAUCACCCUUUUUGAUGAGAAGGAGUUACAUCUUGCAACCACAUCGAUCUUGCCAGAGACAAACACGUCAAUUUUGGCAACUUUGUCGGCUUCAGUCACUCCUCAGAUCACAUCGCAAACACUGGACGCGCCAACAGCACAGACAACAUCAUCGAUGUCAACCACACCCCGAUUGACCAAAACACGUUUUUCACUUGAGACGGCUUCAGCGAGUUCAUUAAUCAGCCCAUCAUUUUCCGAAAUGUUGGUGACAAGCUCAGAGGCGAAUGUAACAGAAGAAAGCCCUGCUGUAGAUGACUCAACUGAGAGUGUCCCAACUGAAAGGUCACCAAUUAAAACGCAACCAACAGUACCGAAAGAUUCCGUCAAGUUUGUAGUCUCAAUGAAAGUGGGCUCUUACAAUUACACACCGGAAAUGGCAAAUCCAGAAAGCUCCGUUUUCAAGAAGGUAGCCAGAGAAGUAGAAAACAUACUUUACGAAGAGUUAUGCGUGACUGAGAACUUACUGGACUGCAUCGCUGUUGAAGUGUUCAAGCUUGCGAAAGGCAGUGUGAUUAUAUCGUAUAACAUCCAUAUGACCUCUUCGACCAAAUACAAACAGUCGGACGUGAAUGAUGUCAUCACUGAGUCGGCGAAUGGUGGUCAGCUGGGACAUUUAAAAGUGAGCGAUGUAGAGGUGAAACAAAGAGAAAAAGUAGAAGAGGACGAGGAGGGCGAUAAUUCAUCGUCGCGUGUAUUCAUUUACGUUCUCUGUGGAGUCGGUGCCUUACUGGUAAUUGCCGUGAUUAUAACUGCCAUUUCUAAGUACUCGAGCCGAAGAAAGAACCAAGUUCACGAGAUUCCCUCCAAUAAUGACAACUCGAGCCGUUAAUCAUUUCACAAUGCAUCUUUUUCAAAAUGUGAUCAAUGAAUAAAUGCAACCUUUUAAUGAA